GAGAGAGAGCGAAAGAGAGAGAGAGAGAGAGAGAGAGAGAGAAGAGAGAGAGAGAGAGACAGUGUGAGGAUUCAGAAUCUUAGGGAGGAUGCCACCUGCAUGAAGCCGUUUGCUCAAUCAGCAUCCGAGCGUGCCAGCAUCGCGAAGACACUGGCGAACCCUGGAAGUGAGAGAGAGAGGAGAGAGAGAGAGGAGAGAGAAGAGAGAGAGAGAGAGAGAGAGAGAAAGGAGAGAGAGAGAGAGAGGAGAGAG